CUCAGAAGUCGAAGCAACGAAAAUGGGUCGGGUGGUUGUAAUCGGCGCAGAUCUUACGAUCGUUUUCCAUCAUGAUACAACAGUUCAAGCGUCGGUGCAGUGCGUUCGCGAGUAAAUAUUCUAUUUAACACCGCGAUCAUAGCACUUUCAGUUUGUUCUUCAUCCGCAAAUUCAGACUAUCUUGUCACCCACUCACAGUCCCUACACAGGCUCCAUCGGCUACACUCCCGUAACUGACUGCAACAUCGGUCACUCUGUCCCAUCAAUCACUGACCAAUCACAACUUUGGCCUCUUGAUUUUGUCCUUUACAAUACGAUGAGGGUCGGGCUUUUCAUCCUUCUCUUCUUAGUGCGUCUUGCCCUGUCCGGUCCUGCAAGGCGAGACUGCGGCCAGGAGAAGUGUUUUAUCACUGUGAACGAAUGCGAUAUGACAUAUGGAGGAUGUUGGACUGAGUGCAAGGACGGUCCUACGGGAAUGCCAACCUUCACGGCGCCACUCUGCCCUUCAAUUUCUGACCAUAUGCCAUCCUCUACAGGAGGUCCAGCGGGUUCUCUCAUUACCCCGCCUCCUGCUCUGUACACGACAACUUCAGGCUCGCAUAAGACCAAGACUUGCUCCGCAAUGUGGCUUUGCGUCGACCAUACAGCAUCCUGUGGCGAAAAAAGACAGAUUUAUGGCGGAUGCUACGAUAUUUGCACUUCCGCUCCUCCAGUCAAGUCGCCCCCCUGUAGCCUUUCUUCAAGCACCGCUGGGACCGCUUAUGCGAUCCCCACUUCGAUACCAGAGCCUGGCGAGGCCUAUACGAACAAACCUGCUUCUGACAUCGUCGCUCCCGCUAUAGAUGGCGACAAGGCUUUAGUCAUGGCAGAGAUGCCUAGUGCUGGUAGCCCAGCUCCUGAUUCUUCAGCUGCAACAGCUACUGCAGUGGAGUUCCGGUUGGCUAGCGUCAACCCCGAAGAGCCUGUUUCUCCUCCCGACGCUGCUGAGACUUCAACUCUAGUCGAAGCUCCGGCCAAUCAAAGAGGUGCAGCCAUCGCUAAGAUGAUGGCAGACAAGACUAGGAAGCCGAACACUGACAACGUACCAUGUUGGGAUAAGGCAAUUUGCAGGGAGGUCCAGCUUGGUAUUCCUUCGCCAGCACCGGUCGGAUCAUCCACAGCGUCUUCUGCAGAAUCUACGUCAGAACCUUCGGCUGCUGUUCCAACAGACUCUCAGGCGGAAUCUCCAGCAGAAUCUCCAGCAGCAUCUACGUCGGAACCUCCAGCAGCGUCUACGUCAGAAUCUUCGGCUGCUGUUCCAACAGAUUCUCAGGCGGAAUCUGCAGCAGAAUCUCCAGCAGAAUCUCCAGCAGAAUCUCCAGCAGAAUCUCUAGCAGAGUCUCCACCAGAAAAUACAGCAGAAACUACAGCAGAAGCUCCUAUGUUAGCCUUGGCGGCAUAA